UCUUUGAAUUUCUCUCUCCGUCACAGGCUAUUGAGCAACCGGCGCCGUUUUGUGAUUUUAGGGACUUCUGGGGUGUAUUUAUAAAAACGUCAUGAAACUAGUAAAGCUAACUAAUUUAAGUUGUUCAUAGUUACUCUCGUUUUUUAUUUCAUUUUAGUUAGUUUCACGUAAAGUUGGCGAAGAGAAGAAUUAUACCUCCGCGGGAAGCCCCACCUAAAGGGAGUCUUGAAGACUACCCUUCACAGAGAGUCCUGAAGACUACCCUGGAUAAACUCCUGGCACACACUCUCUCACGCGCACACACAUACAUGAACGCAUUUACAUACAUCAAACCUAAAAGGAAACCAGCAUCUGUGACAGUACGCAUGGACUGGCCUCUGCUACAGACCUCUCAGAAGACUCAGGCAUUGCAAACCUGAAACAUCAGCUUCUUUCUUUCUUUCUUUCUUUCUUUCUUUCUUUCUUUCUUUCUUUCUUUCUUUCUUUCUUUCUUGCUUUCUUGCUUUCUUGCUUUCUUUCUGAACAUAGUUUUCAGCAUAUUGCUGACAUUUUUUUCUCCUUUGGUGGAAUUUCUUAAAGAUCUACUUGGGAUCCCUUUAUUUAUUAUGCAAUUCAAUGGCUAAAAAUGUCUCACUGGCUAAAAUGGAGGAUGAGAAGAAUUCCAUUCCUAUUGUUUGCUACAGGAUGGAGGCUUCCUGUCUGGAGCUGGCUCUGGAGGGAGAGCGUCUGUGUAAGGAGGGUGAUUACAGUGCAGGUAUACCAUUCUUCCAGGCAGCCAUGCAGGUGGGGACAGAGGAUCUGUUGGUGCUGAGUGCCAUCUAUAGUCAACUAGGCAAUGCCUACUUCCACCUACGUGACUACACCAAGGCUUUAGAGUAUCAUCACCAUGACCUAACUUUAACCAGAAUGACUGGGGAUCUGCUUGGCGAAGCCAAAGCCAGUGGCAACCUAGGAAACACGCUAAGGGUGUUGGGUCGUUUUGAAGAAGCAAUAAUCUUCUGCCAGAGGCAUCUAGACAUCUACAUAGAUAUUGGGGACAAGGUGGGACAAGCCAGAGCUCUGUAUAACUUUGGGAAUGUGUACCAUGCUAAAGGAAAAAGUGUCUGUAGCAAUGACUCAGAACCUGGAAACUUCCCAGAAAAAGUCACCGCAUCACUUAAAAAAGCAGCAGACUAUUACGAGGAGAAUUUGUGCAUCCUGAAGGAGCUGGGAGAUCGAGCAGCUCAGGGCCGCACCUAUGGAAACCUGGGAAACACUCACUAUCUGCUCAGCAACUUCUGCAAUGCUGUGGCCUCCCACCAACAGCGGCUCCUCAUUGCAAAAGAGUUUGGUGAUCUGCCAGCAGAGCGAAGGGCCUACUGUAACCUUGGAAAUGCCCACAUUUUUCUGGGAGAUUUUGAGAAGGCAGCUGAGCAUUACAAGAGAGCUCUUCAGCUGGCAAGGCAGCUGAGGGAUCAGGCAGUGGAGGCUCAAGCCUGCUACAGUCUAGGCAAUACCUAUACUCUACUACAGGAUUAUGAGAGAGCUAUAGACUAUCACCUCAAACACCUCAUUAUUGCCCAGGACCUUGGUGACAGGGUUGGUGAAGGUCGUGCCUGCUGGAGUUUAGGUAAUGCACACACAGCUCUUGGGAAUCAUGACCAGGCCAUGCACUUUGCUGAAAGACAUCUGGAAAUCUCUAACGAGACAGGUGACCGCUGUGGUGAACUGACUGCUCGAAUGAAUGUGUCUGACCUUCAGACUGUCCUUGGCCUCAGUUACAGUACAAACAAUUCUGUAUUGUCAGAGAACAAAGAGAUUGAUUAUGACCCCCAUGGAGCAAGACCCAGGAUGAGCAGACGCUACAGCAUGGAGAAUUUGGAUCUGAUGACACUUACACCAGAAAAGCUCAAAGGUCAGAAGUGGAGCAAUGAGGUACCAUGUACACAGUCAAAGAUCAAAUCCUCAUCGAAAUUCUUCUUCAUGAAUCGUCUGCGAGGGAAGAAGAACAGCUUUGUUAAAGUUUUGCAGGACACCAGCAACACCCUGAAGACCUCUCAGAAGCAGCCUGAUCAGAAAUGUAAGAGUGUGGACAUGUUGGAUGAUGAAAGCUUCCUUGACCUGCUUUGUCGUUUCCAAGGCAACAGAAUGGAUGACCAACGCUGCUCUGUUCAAAAGGGCCAGUCCACUGCUGCCUCUAACCCCUCCUCUUCAUGUUCAUCUUUGCCCAAAAAUCUGAAAAAAUCUUUUCCCCCAGCUUUUUCAGAAUCUGCAGUAUCACAAGGCCAAGACACACUUCUAGGAGUCUUGGCUACUGCGCAGAGUCGGAGGCUAGAGGAUCAGAGGGCUGCAGAAAGUGUGCCUGUUUUGUGCAAUUUCCAGACAAUUCAGGACAGCAGCAAGCAGGCGGCCCAUAACCAGCUCAUGCCCAGCGCCGACACCUGUGAACCUGAUGAUCACUUCUUCGACAUGCUGGUGAAGAGCCAGAGUUCUCGUUUAAAUGAUCAGAGGUGUGCCCCUCCUCCUGCCCUGUACCGUGGACCUACUCUCCCUGAUGAGGACUUCUUCAGUCUCAUCGUCCGCUCUCAGGCCAAGAGGAUGAAUGAACAAAGAGUCCUACUGCCAUCUGUCAACUGAACACUAAACACAGGGUUUGUUUUUUGUUUUGUUUUGUCUUGUAACGUUGUCACUUGCCAAUUUGUACCUGCUAGCCAGCUCCCCCUAUUGCACAACAGCUACCAAACAUGGUUGGGGAAGGAUAGUACAUGCUUCAUCUGAGACAAGGUCAGUUUUGCUCCAUUGCUCCUAGCCAUGGAUGGUUGUGGUGUUGUGGAUUUGAACUUACCAUCUCCUGAUACUGUUAAUACUUUUCUGUUGCACCAUGCAGGAGCUUAGCAACAGGUUUAAUAGUCACAUUCUCCUUUGGUCUUCCCUUGCCUGCAAAAAGUCUAUUACAAAUUCUAGACAAAAUGGUAUGUAUGUUGUGUUAAAGCACAGCUUGCACAAACUCUAACACUGAUGCACAUUACACUGCCCACAGUGAUGGUGUUAAUCCUCCAGGAACCAGUAUAUAAGUUCCUGGAAUUCUGGAAAUACAUUUUAUUUACCACUACAGGUAUAUUUGGCUAUUUGAUGUUGGACUCAACACUUGGCAUUAGUCUUCUAAAUUGUAAAAAGAAUUACUUAUAUUUCAAGAGCAUUUUCUUUAUUUUUUUGUAUAUUUUUAUUGAUUAAAAAAGCACUCUAUACACAGGUGUAUCUUUUUACAGUUUUGUUUGUAUGUUUUAUUUUUGGCUCAUAAAUGGCUGGAAUUGAAUGUUUGUGCAUAUUAACACAUGUACAUCAGGCUUUUUGAUUGCUUAGAAAUAAAUUGCUAAGUAGCAUUAAGCUCACACUCUGGAUAUUUCCUAGUUGUGUAUAUACUGUAUUAUUGCAAAUGUGUCUGUGUGCAUACACAGCUCAGAACCCAACUGAGAAUAUAGCACAGGGGAAGGAAUAUUUGAGGUUAUGCUUCAAGCUUUGGUUGUGAAUUGAAUGUUAAACUUAUAAUAUUAAUUCAAUGUUCAUGUUUAUUUUCAGUGUGCUUGUUUUAGUGUAUUAUGUGUAGGGGGUAUUAUGUAGAUGUAAAGAAAACAUGUUUAGUGUGUCUUGUAGUAUUGUUAGGAUAAUUUGUGUAUUAUGAUCAUUCUUUUAGCAAUGCAUUACCUCAGGAAGAAAUUGUUUCAUCAAAUAAA